CUGAAACGUUUUGAAACGUAACAAAACGUUGAAGUGUCAAACAGUGAUCGUGUUUGGCCAACCAAAACAAACUGUGCAGCAUUUUAACAAUCAGCUUGUCCUUUAUUGAACAAUCACACGAUGCCGAAAGUUGUGUCGCGAAGUAUUGUCUGUUCCGAUUCCAAGGACCAGGAGGAAUAUAACGACACCGGACCAUUGAAUAUAUACUAUUGCUUGUGCGGACAAAUGAGUCUCAUUCUAGAUUGCAUCAUUGAGAAACUUCCGCUUCGGCAGCUGGACGGCGCGCGAGUCAUAGACUCGGCGAAGCAUGCCAAUAAAAUUACGGCAGAACCAAGCGAGACAGUUUUCAUACGCCGAGAGGCCGGAAUCGAGAAGCAGCACCGCUUCAAAUGCAAAAAAUGCGCUCUUCCGCUAUAUUACCGGCACUCCAACGACACUCAGGUGACGUUCAUAAUUCGUCGAGCGCUGGUAAAAUCCAAAAGCGACACGUCCAUCACGGAACUGUUCAAACCGGCCGUGGCCGCUUCUGCACUGGAACCGAAAAAGGUCAUGGUCACCAAACACACGAAGAACAUGGGCAAGUUCAGCUCCGUCACGGUAUCCACCAUCGAUGAAGAGGAGGAUGAAAUCGAGGCUAGGGAGGUUGCAGAUAGCUACGCCAACAACGCCCGCAUCAUUGAGAAGCAACUGGAACGGAAAGGGGGCAAGACAAACGAGGUCGCUAUCAAAGAAAAGAGUGAACCUCCACCAGCGAAAAAAUCGCGAGGAACGCUUCUAGAUACGUAAUGUGUUCAAAAAUGAUAAUAAAAUGAUAAUAAAUUAAAUUGCUUUUGAUU